AUGAAGGGAGCUUCUGCUUGCAGUGUGCUUCUCUUGGUUGUACAUUUGAGUUUACUAAACAAUGCUCUAAUGGUGUUUGCUGUUGAUCCCACACAAGGCUUUACCAACGUCCCUUUGACACCAAGUAGCUUCAUAUACCAAAAACCCUACAACAUACCACUUGAAAAACGGUACAGUUUCAACCAUGGAGUUCGUCGGUUUUGGGUCUACGCUAACGAUCUGCCGUUCGAACGUGGAAGCAACACACGACCUCGAACGGAAGUUCAAAUAAAACCAGACUACACGUCAGGAAUUUGGCAAUUCGAAGGUUAUGCGUUCAUACCACAUGGAACCUCGGGGGCUACGAUCGUGCAAAUCCAUGGUGCAGCCCAGGGCAACACGACGAUAUUACUAAGGAUCUAUAAUGGAGACAUGAGGUAUUACAAUGGGGAAGUAAUUGCGACUGAUUUGUACGAUAAAUGGUUCAAGGUGAAUUUAAUUCACAAUGUCGAUCAAGGGAAAGUGAUGGUUUACAUUAACAACGUUAAGAAAUUCGAGUCACACGACGAAGGUCCAGGAAACUUAUAUUUUAAAUGUGGUGUUUAUGGUGCCCCCAGUGAUACAAGUCGAUAUAUGGAAUCGAGAUGGAGAGAGAUCAAAAUAUACAAAAAGGAGUCGUAA